AUGUUAGCAUUUGCAACUGUUUGCGCUGGUAUAUAUCGUAUGUUUGUGUUAUUAAUGGAUUUGACAAAUAAAAAAUUUCAACUUCUACAAUGUAUGCUAUUACCACAUUCAUGGUUAUGGCGUUGGUCCGAUUUUGCUACUUCAUUUAUGCUACUAACAACAACAUUCGAUCGAUUAUUCUCAGUAGUUUUCCCGUUAAAAUAUAUUAAACGAAGUUCCACAUAUUCAUUUAUCGCUAUUGGAACGCCAUAUACAUUAGCAACAGUAUUAUCAAUGUUUGCAUGGCAUCGACCUCUUACAAAAUAUGCUGAAAUAUCAAUGCUUUGUACUAAUAUUUAUAUAUCACCAAUAUUUUAUAUGUUUUCAAAAUAUUUAACUGCUAUAACAAGUUUACUUAGUGUUAUCCUUUAUAUUCCUGUUGUAUUAAUCGUUCGAAUGCAACGGAAACAUAUGUUAAAUAUCCUUACUAAUUCACAGAUAAUUCGUCAACGUAAAGAGCAAAUACGAAUGACAAUAACAUUGGCAUUUUCUUGUUCUGCGACAUUCUUUUUGGAUGUUGUGCCUCGAGCUGUGGGUAUUUACGGCAUUCUAGGCGAAAAUGCUUCUAAAGCUGAAAGACAAUGUGAGAGUGCUGUGCAGGUACUAUUUCAUUUAACAAAAUUAAAUUCAACCAUCAAUUUGUUUCUUCAUUAUCAUCGUAAUCCUGCACUUCGGGAAUCUGUUUUGAACGUCAUUCGCUUAUUUUACAAUGAAAAGCGUACCACCACCGUCGUAAGACACCUGUCGUGA